AGGUCUAUCCGAGCCAUGGGAGCUCCGGGCAGAGGCAGCGGCGCCGGCCGCAGUGGCGGCGGGGGCUGCCCAGGCGGGGGCGAGCGGCGCGGGACCCGGGAGGGGUAGCACGUGCCGAGCGCCGAGCCAUGGGCCGGGUUGGGGCCAGGGGCACAGCGCGGGAGGCAGCGGCCGGGUCACUGCUGCUCCUGCUGCUGCUCCUGGCUCAACCUCCGCCUGCCACCGCCCGCAACAGCGAGGAGAGCGAGGCUGGACUGGUAUCUGAGCACUUCUCACAGGCCCCACAGAAGCUGUCCUUCUACAGCUGGUAUGGCAGCACCCGACUCUUCCACUUCCGCGUGCCCCCAGACACUGUGCUUCUUCACUGGCUGCUGCAUGUGUCCCUGGGAGGUCCCUCAUGCGCCGACGUAGAGAUCACAGUGCAUUUCCGCUAUGGUGCCCCUCCUGUCAUCAACCCGCUGGGCACCAGCUUCCCGGACAACACCCUGAGCCAUGCCUCCUUCCACAUCAGGACAUCACUGAGCACCAUGCUGCUGGGCAACACUUCAGUCAACAUCUCCCACCCGGCCCCUGGGGACUGGUUCCUGGUUGCUCACCUCCCUCCCUCAUCCCAGAAGAUCCAGGUGAAGGGCUUUGUUCCAACCUGUGCCUACAUCUUCCAGCCUGAGAUGCUGGUAAUGAGGGUAGUCGAAGUCUCCAUCCUGGAGCCUGAUGUUCCCCUCCCACAGACGCUGCUCUCCAACCCCAGCUACCUCAAGAUCUUUGUCCCUGAAUACACCCAGGAGCUUCGGUUGGAACUGCAGGGCUGUGCAUCCGGUGUGAACCCCGGCUGCCCAGUACGUCUCACAGCAGGUGCCACCACCCUGCCUAGAAACUUCCAGAGGGUGCUGACUUGCACCGGCCUCACGCCAUCCUGCUAUUUGCUACUGUCCUCGCCACCCUGGGGCCGGUGGUUACAAGUGACAAUUGAGAGCCUGGCUGAACCUCACAUGACAGUGGGCUUCACUGCUAAAGCUGCCUUUACAGUGUGUAGGCCAUGGAGUGUGACCUUCCAUCACCUUAUACAAAAGAACCCAAACCAGACUUAUGAUGCCACUGCAAUCCAGCUGUCCCAAAGCGCUGACCACUGGGACCUGGGCAGGAGUAGCAGGGCAGACGCUGGCCCCUUCUGUCUUCUGAACUAUCCAGUCCUGAGGGAAGACACAGAUGUGGUGUCUGUACACUUCCAGCCCCUGAAUGGGGCCUUCGUACUGGUGCAUUCAAGCAUGCCUUCUGUAAUGCAGCUCCGUCUUGAUACAGGCAUGGACAGUGGAGGCUCCUUCAUCAUCAUCCUGAGGGCUAACAAGACAGAGGUCACAAAUGGCACCUUGGUAGCAGCUUGUGUGAAUGCUGCCUCGCCUUUCCUCAGCUUCAACACGUCACUCAACUGCACCACAGCCUUCUUCCAGGGCUAUCCCAUGUUUCUGAAUGCCUCAUCUCACAUGGCCAACCUCAUCAUCCCCUAUCCGGAGACAGACAACUGGUACCUCUCCUUGCAGCUUGUGUGCCCUGAGAGUCCUGAGGACUGUGAACAGGCUGUGGUUCGAGUGGAGACCAUCUUGUAUCUGGUGCCCUGUUUGAAUGACUGUGGGCCCUAUGGCCAGUGUCUCCUGCUCCGUAGAUACGGCUAUCUGUAUGCAGGCUGCAGCUGCAAGGCAGGUUGGCGUGGGUGGAGCUGCACUGACAACAGCACAGCCCAGACUGUAGCCCAGCAGAGGGCAGCAGCGCUUCUGCUGACACUCAGCAACCUCAUGUUCCUGGCCCCCAUUGCUAUAUCCCUGCACCGUUCCUUCCUGGUUGAGGCCUCUGUCUACUUCUACACCAUGUUCUUCUCCACGUUCUACCACGCCUGUGACCAGCCUGGGGAGGCAGUGUUGUGUAUCCUCAGCUAUGACACGCUACAGUACUGCGACUUCCUGGGCUCUGGGGCGUCCACCUGGGUGACCAUUCUUUGCAUGGCUCGUCUGAAGACAAUCCUGAAACAGGUACUGCUUGUCCUCGGCACACUUGUCAUCGCCAUGUCCUUGCAGAUGGAUCGCAGGGGCAUCUGGAACUUGAUGGGACCUUGCGUCUUUGCUUUUGUGAUCAUGGCCUCCAUGUGGAUAUACCGCUGUGGGCACCGGCGUCAGUGCUACCCUUCUUCGUGGCAGCGCUGGGUCUUCUACCUCCUGCCUGGCAUCUCCAUGGCUUCCGUAGGCAUCGCCAUGUACACUUCAAUGAUGACCAGCGACAAUUACUACUACACCCAUAGCAUUUGGCACAUCCUACUGGCUGGUAGUGCAGCGUUUCUUCUGCCACCACGAGAGGGAAAAGCUGGGUCCUGGGCCUGUUUGCAGAAGUUCCCCUGUCACUACCAGAUCUGCAGGAAUGAUCGGGAUGAAUUGUACACAGUGACGUGAUAAGGCUGUUUGAUGGACACCAGAAACUCUAAUGACCUCUCUUCAGCUAGGACAGGAACGAGAGAGGGGCCUGUCUAGCCCCAACCGGGUUACCGUCUGAAUAAAAUUGUCCUGAGACCCUUGGCUUCUUUCUCCAGAGGAGAAGAUCCCUUCCACCCCAAAAAUCUUUAUGGCUGCUGCCAGUUCCUCUGUAGGUCACAGCUGUUUCCACCUGGAGACCAUAGGUACCACCUGUGAGCAGAUCACUCUGUUAUGGCUGGAGCUACAGAUAAGGAUUCCCGGUGUCUCCUUCCUUUGGGAAGCUGUGAUGUGAGACCCACAAGGAAGGAAGGCUGAGUGCACAAGGCCACUGUCCCUGACAUUGUGUACUCUUGAAUGCCAUCCUGCCUUGGCUUGGGGAUGCCCUGCUGCUGCAGUUGCUAUGGUAGUGUCCAAGGUCAUCAGAGCUGGUUAAGACCUGGGGUGCUGUGUGCUGUCCCUCCCUCAUUGUCUGUUGGAGCAGGAGAUCCUGGGAGGAGCCUGGGGUAGCAGGCUGAUCAAUUGUAUGAGGUGCAGCUCCAGAAGGCAGACAAUGUUCUGCCAGUGUUCCCUCCUCACCUAAGGGUUCUAGGCCCAGUCUGGUGAGCAUUCUCUUGUGCUGGCCCUAGGCACUUGGAUGAGACUGACUUUUGAUGGACCAACUGAGGUUUGAGGAGUGGGUUCUGGAGCCCUGGCCCAAUCUUUCUGGUCUCCUGGGAUCACCGAGCUGGCAGUGCAGUGUGCCCUGUCCCUGUGGUUCCCACUGUGAGGCCCAUCUGCUCUGAGCACUGGGAUUACAGGUGUAGGCUUCUGGGCUCCUUCUCAAGCUACUGACAUCCUUUAUUUGGCCACCAAAGCACAUUUUAGCCCCUGAAAGGGGAAACAUGUAUAUACUGUUGGGGUGGGAGGUGGUAAAAUGUUACUGUUCUAAGAUAUGAAGGCUUAUUUUUAUGUAAUUGGUGAAUUUAAUAUUCUACAAUGAUUUUUCAAACCAAA